AUGGAGCAGCAACUGAAUACAAGGGCAAAGACACGUGGACGGAAAGGCCGGGGCAGAAGGGCCCUCGGUGGGAAUAAGCCAAAUCCAGCCACACCAGAGCCAGCCCAGCAGGAGCCCCUCACCGUGAUGAGGGCCUUGUGGGAUGAAGUUGGGGGCCACGAGAUCAGCUAUGAGGUUGGUGAAGAGGACCCCUUCUCUGACUGUUACAUAGAGUGCAUCAUACGAGGUGAGUUUUCCGAACCCACCCGGGAAGAGGACAUAUUUCUUAAGUCCUUCAGCUGCCUGGGAGGAGGACGAGAGCAAGAGUUUUCUCAACAGGUUUUUGUUGAUGCAAACUCACUUUCUGAAUGUUCCUUGCAAUACAUGGAAAAGGAGGCAAAACAAGAAUUUCCUCCACAGAAUGUGGGAGAGAAAUCACUUGUUGAGCAUUCUGAGCACAUGACAGGCAAGAAGCCUCCUCCUGGAGAAACACCCAACGCUAGCCUGCUAGAUCCCACCCGGCCUGCAGAAUUUGCUAGAAAUAAGCCAAGAAAAAAUGGGGAAUAUGAUGCUCCAGAAAAAUUUGUUUGCCCUCAGAGUGAAUGCGCAAAAGAGCUGAAGACGAGACGUUCCCUGAAAAAGCAUCUCCAACUCGUUCAUGGCCCCCGCAACCACGUGUGUGCGGAGUGUGGGAAAGCGUUUCCUGAGAACUCCAAACUAAAAAGACAUUUUAUGGCUCAUACUGGAGAGAGGCCUUUUCUGUGCACCUUUAAAGGGUGCGGAAAACGCUUUUCCCUGGACUUCAACUUGCGUACACAUGUGCGCAUCCACACCGGGGAGCGGGCUUUUGUGUGUUCCUUUGAAGGCUGUCAUAGGAGCUUUGUCCAGUCAGGUAACCUGAAAGCUCACAUCUUAACUCAUGCAAAUAAAAAAUAA